AUGGCAUUGAAGAGGUUGUGCAGAAAAGGAAUGACAUCCCUUCCAGGCUUCAAAGUGCGUCAGGUUUUUUCCAGUAGUCAGGAAAGAGAACUUGACAAGUUUUUAGAAGACAUGUCCAAAAUGUAUUAUGGCCUGACUGUUGAACAAUUAAGACAGUUAGCAUAUUCAUAUGCUUCCAGAAAUCAGUUAAAAUAUCCUGAAUCUUGGGAUAAAAAUCACCAAGCAGGACGAGACUGGUACAGGGGCUUUAUAGCGAGGAACGGUUCUUUAUCACUGAGAACCCCAGAAGCGACUAGCCUUGCGCGUAGUACAGCGUUUAAUAGAACCACUGAAGGGGAAUUUUUCGGAAAAGUGAAAGAUGUGUUUAACAGAUUUGAUUUUCCACCUGAGCGCAUCUGGAAUAUUGAUGAGACGGGGUUGACUACGGUUCAUAAACCGUCCAAAAUUAUAGCAGCUAAAGGCACUAAGCAAGUCGGCAAAAUAACGUCGGCGGAACGCGGUGAACUUAUAACAGUCUGCGCUGCCAUAAAUGCUGCCGGUGGUCACAGUCCCCCAUUCCUUAUUUUUCCCAGAAAAAAUUGGCAGGACAAAUUUUCAAAAGGUGCACCUCCAGGUAGCGAUGGAGCUGCUUAUCCAACUGAUUGGAUGACAAACGACGUCUUCCUGAAGUUUUUAGAACAUUUUGUCCGUUUUGCAAAUCCUAAUCAGGAAAGAAAGCAUCUCAUCGUUUUAGACAACCACGAAAGCCACUGCUCACUGCAAGCUCUGAAUUAUUGCAAGGAAUAA